CCGCCGCCGCCGUAGCAGCCGCGCCGUGCCGCGGAACUUGGCCGCCCGUGCCAACUCCGCGCCCGGAUCCCCACCUCCUCCGGGGGAAGGGAUUUGUUCACCAUGGCCCGUCUGUAUGUUGGCAACUUGGAUGCCCGAGUGACUGCUGGGGAACUUGAGGAUGAGUUUCGUGUAUUUGGAGUUUUGCGAAGUGUGUGGGUUGCACGCAAACCACCUGGUUUUGCGUUCAUCGAUUUUGAUGACAAGAGGGAUGCUGAGGAUGCACUUCGUGAUAUAGAUGGAAAGAAUGGAUGGAGGGUUGAGCUGUCUCGCAAUGCCAGUGGCCGUGGCGGUGGCCGUGAUGGUGGCGGUCGAGAUGGUGGUGGUGGUCGUGAUCGGCAUGGUGGGUCCGACAUGAAAUGUUAUGAAUGCGGUGAAUCUGGUCACUUUGCUCGUGAAUGUCGUCUGCGUAUUGGUGCUGGAGGUCUGGGCAGUGGAAAGCGUCGCAGCAGGAGCCGCAGCCGCAGCAGGAGCCCUAGGUACCGCAGGAGUCCGAGCUAUGGUAGAAGAAGUUACAGCCCCCGUGACCGAUCUCCAAGGCGUCGCAGUGUUUCUCCAGCGCCAGCCCGUGGGCGCAGCUACAGCAAGUCACCACCACACAACCGUGGCCGUGAUGAUUCUCCUGAUGCUAAAGGUGAUGGAGGUGCCAGGUACCGACGCAGCAGGAGUUAGGCCUGAAGCCUUUGACCCAUGCAUGCUCUUCAAGAGAACUUACCAUUUGCCCUGCGUGCUAGGAAUACUAAGACCUGACGUCAACUUCUUGACUUCGGUUAAGGUUUUCAACUUAUCUAUCUUUCAAGCUCGUUUCUGGUUCUGUCAUUAAAAACCUUAUGUGAUGGAUGUAGUAUGCAACUAAGACCUAUUACCUUUCUUCUGUGUGUUAAGAAGGCAUCGUCCUGCACUUCUGCUUAAACGACUCAGCGAACUCCGUCUCUUCA